AUGCAAAGACCGCCACUGUAUGAACGUAGUACCGCAUAUUAUUUUUUGGCGGCAAAUUUAAUAGAAAAUUAUGGAUAUCAAUCACGAGAAACAAGAGAAAUUACGCGCAGAGCAAAACUUAGGAAUAGAAUUAACCCACUGGACAUAAAUGAAACCGAAUUUAAAAAUAGAUAUCGCCUAAAUAAAGAAGCUUUUAAGUUCCUCUGUGAGCAACUUAAACAUAAAACAUCAUUAACAUCGAGUUCUAGAAUUAGUCUAGAACUUAAGGUUCUUUGUGCAUUAUCUUUUUAUGCCAAUGGUUCAUAUCAGCGAAUAGUGGGAAUGGCUAAAUAUUUGGGCCAAACAACAGUGAGCAAAUGUGUGAAGGAAGUCACUGAUGCUCUUGUAACUCCUGCAAUCCUUAACACCUUUAUAAGAUUCCCCAGUACUCGAGCUGAAAGAGACCUAGUAAAAAGCAACUUUUUUGCGAAGUACGGUUUUCCUGGAGUUAUAGGAUGCAUUGAUGGAUGCCAUUUCCAUAUUUUUACACCCAGGAAAGAAAUUGAACAUUUAUUUUAUUGUAGAAAACAUUUUCAUUCAUUAAAUGUACAAAUGAUAUGUGAUAGUGACGGCCGAAUUCUAAAUGUGAAUGCAAAAUAUGGAGGAGCCACCCACGACGCUUUCAUAUGGGAAAAUAGCCUAGCUAAUAACUACAUGCAGGAGUUACAUCGAAAUAAUGAACAUGUAUGGUUAUUAGGUGAUUCCGGCUAUCCACAACGCCCCUGGUUAAUGACACCAAUUCCGGAUGCUGCUGAAGGGACUCCAGCAUACAAAUACACAGCAGUCCAUGGAAAGACGAGGGUGGCUAUAGAAAAUACUUUUGGCCGAUUAAAAAACCGAUGGCGUUGCUUAUGUAAAGAUCGCACACUCCACUAUGGACCGGAGAAAUGUGCAAAAAUCAUUACUGCGUGCAGUGUGUUGCAUAAUUUAGCCCUAAAAUUUAACGUACCCGAACCGGAACCAGAAGAACUCCAAAACAUAUCUUUAUCUUUUUCUGACCAUCUUUUUCAGGAAAAUGGAGGAGAUGACUUAAUUAGGGGAAGGGCGAUGAGGAAUAUUUUAGUAGAUAGAAUUAAUAGAUUACACUCAUAACUUUAAUUCUUUAUUAAUAAUUUUAAAAAUUGCAUUUUUGAACAAUUAAAAAAUAACCUUAAUCUAAGUUUUUUUUUCCAUACACCUUACAAAAACUUCCAUAGCCUCUUUCAUAAAGUCCAACCAUUUAGCCUGUAAUCGCAAUUCAUCAUCUCUUUGUCUCACCCUUUCAUGCAUCUCUAAUUCUCUCACUCUCAAUUCAUCAUCUCUUUGUCUCACCCUUUCUUUCACCUCUAAUUCUCUAACUCUCAAUUCUUCUGUCCUAAUCCGCAACCGCUCUUUCUCUAAUUCUUCAUAGGCCCUAUCACGCUCUCUAGCAUACUCCUUUGCCUUUCUAUCUGCUUCUAAAAACAUUUUUCCUAUAUGUUGUUUGGCUUUUUUUUGUGGUGGUGGUUUCCACAUCUCCUCUUCAUGUAUUUGAGGAUCAGUGGAUGGGAGAACAGGGGUUUCAUCUCGUGGACUCGGCGGUCUAGGGGGAGCCACUGUUGGCUGACUACUUGUGCCCGGAAUAUUCCAAUCUGUAAAACAUUUUAUUAAUGUUAAUUUGACUAGGCCUUUUUCUUAUUAGCAGAAACUUGAGUUCUCAUAGAAAAAACAUUUACUGUGUAAUGUGAUAUUUAUGUCUAAAUAUUUUAUGUAUAAAUUUAUUGGGAUUUAUGUAUAAAUAUUUUUUUUUCAAGACUUGACAUUGAACAAACAUUAUGAUGCUUUUAUGUACCUAAUUUAUGGAUGCAUAAACAUACAUAGCAAAUAUUUGUAACCACAUUAAACAUAUUUACAUAAA